AUGCGUAUCCUUCGAGCAGAUAGUCUUCAAGUCGACGUUGCUUUACCGGAUCAACACCGUCAUCUUCCUAACGCCGGGUAUCUCUCGCAAAAGUUUACGAAGUCUCUAUUUCUUCGGGUAGUCUUGCGGGCAAAUCAACCUCUUCAAAGGAUCCCCUUCAUAGAACUCCAACACAUCGAGGAUGACAUAGCCUUCCGCCAGCGUUCAGCUCACGUAAUGGAACGCGUUUUAGCCGGCGAAUAUCAAGACAUCGACACUAGCAAUCUUCAACGACAGCCUCUUGGUCAACACCCAACCAUCCUAGUCCCUCCUGUAUGGCACAAC